CCUCGGGUAAGGGUGUGAGGCUGAGAUACUCUCUCACAUUGACCUUGGGCAGUCUCAGGAAAAUGAAAUCUGGUCUGAGAAGGCAGCCUCAUUGUCACUAAAAGGAGGGAAUCCAAGCUUUUCCAGCAGUUAAUGUCACUGAGUCACCUGCCCUUUGCCUGCUGCCUUUGUCGAAGAAGUCAUCAUGCCUCGGGGUAAGAAGAGUAAGCUCCGUGCCCAUGAGAAACGCCAUCAGGCCCGAGAAGAGCCUGAGAAUCUGGUGGGUGUUCAAGCCACUGAGGGAGUGAGAGAAGAGUUCCGCUCUUCUUCCUCUCUUCCUCUUAAGAGCUUGCCUGCUGCUGGGUCAUAUAGUAAUCCCCAGGGCCCUCAGAGAGCCACAUCGACUGCCACUACCACUGCAGCUGUUUCAUACACAAGAUCGAAUGAAGGUGCCAAAGACCAGGUGGAGGAAAGGCCAAGAUCCUCGCAGGCCCAGCCCAUCACUGAGCCCUUCCACAGAGGCCCACUAGAUGAGAAAGUGGUUACAUUGGUGCAUUACCUUCUAUACAAGUAUAAAAUGAAAGAGCCCAUUACCAAGGCAGAUAUGCUGAGAAAAGUAAUCCAAACGCACAGGAAUCACUUCCAUCAGCUCCUCAAGAGAGCCUCGGAGCACCUGGAGCUGGUCUUCGGCCUUGACAUGAAGGAAGUGGAUCCCAACCGGCACAUCUAUAUCCUCGUGAACAAACUGGAAGGAAGCUAUGAUGGGAGGCUAAGUGAUGACAGAGGAGUUCCCAAAACUGGCCUGUUGAUGACUGUGCUGGGUGUGAUUUUCACGAAGGGCAAUUGUGCCACUGAGGAGCAAGUCUGGCAAACGUUGAAUGUGAUAGGGUUAUAUGAGGGGAGGAAGCACUUCAUUUUUGGGGAGCCCAGGAAGCUCAUCACUAAGGAUUUGGUGAAAGAAAAUUACCUGGAGUACCGGCAGGUGCCCAACAGUGAUCCUGCAUGCUAUGAAUUUCUGUGGGGUCCAAGAGCCCAUGCUGAAACCAGCAAGAUGAAAGUCCUGGAAUUUUUGGCGAAGGUCCAUAAUACCGUACCUAGUGCCUUCCCAUUCUGGUAUGAAGAGGCUUUGCGAGAUGAGGAAGAGAGAGCCCGAGCCCGAGCUGCAGCUACGGCUCAUACUGCUGCCACGGCCAGUGCGCAUUCGAGUGCCAUGGCCAGGGCACGUUCCAGGGCCAUGGAUGGUACAUGUUCCAGGGCCAUGGCCAGCAGCUCCUCCCACCUUUAAUAAAGCCUG